AUGUCAAAAUCAGUAACUAAAUUCUAUGAUUCAAAGAAAAAGACAGUUGUUUUGAUGCCAUCACGAGUGCUUAUUGAAUUAAAACCGAAAAUUGUUCAAAUAAUUAUUGGAGAUAAAUCGACUAAGUUGAAAAUGGCUCCAGAAUGGUUUAAACAUGACAAUCAAAAUAAAACCUUACAGAAUAUUGUUUAUCCCGAAGGUAUCACCGAUAAUGAACAACAUCAAUUUGAUGUUGUAGCUCGAUAUCGUGCGGCUAGCAACAAACCGAAUAAUAACUUUCGUGAAGCAGUACUCCACUCUAAUGAAAGUAAUGCUGAAACCCUUGUAAUUGCCUUAGACAAUUUUGUUCAACAAUUUGGAGGAGAACUAAGUUUUACCAAUGAAGAUUUGACAUUUAAAGAACCGGCUCAUCGUACAGCUUGUGGCAUAGGCGAUUUAAGUAGUGCUCAUUUAUUAGCUACUAAUUAUAUUCCUACAGCCCAAUUCAGUUUCUUAGUUGAUCUUGACUAUCAAACUGAUUUGGCUCGAUCAAGUGAAACAAUGCAAAAUUUUGUAUUAAAUUUUGCCAAUGCCAUAGCUGACGUAUUAACCUGUUCGAAUGAUUAUGUUCGAGUUAUAUCUGUUGACAAACCAGGCAAAACUCGAUAUCAUACGAAAAUCAACUUCGGUCUGACAACACCAAAUCCAACAGAAACAGAACAACUUGUCGAAGAGCUUAAGGUUCGAGCUCGCGAUGGUUUCACUGAUCAUCGAAUUCUCAAACAUGUUAAAAAAGAUAAAUAUGAAUAUAAAUGGAAGCCUCUCAUAACUUAUUUUCAACUAAAAACAUCUGAUUUCGUUUCAGAAUUCAAUAUUGAUUACACAUCGAGUAUGCCUACAAAAGAUAAGCGCGGAGGCUAUCCAUAUUAUUUACCAAUUGGAUGGUAUCGUCAUGCACUUAAAGUGGUUGAUAAGUAUCCAGACGAUAAACUAUGGCUUGGUAGUAAUAAUGUUGAUGGAGAAUGGCCUGUUGCUUUUCAUGGUACUCAUGGUGGUGCUGUCAAAGGUAUUAAAGAAAAAGGUCUUUUGAUCACCAAACACGAUGCAAUGAGAAACGAAGCUAUUGAACAGAAAGGAGACUACUUCGGUCGACCAGGACUCUAUGUAGCAACGCAUUGUAGAGGUGGAGCGCAUCCAGUAUAUACAACACCAUUUACCAUUCAUAAAUCACCUGAAACAAUCGAGACAUUUCGAGUUGUUUUUCAGUGUCGUGUGAAACCAGAUGCAUUUACAAUUCAUACAGGGCCGGUUGAAAUAGGCCAGGCAUGGCGUUUUGUUGAUCCCGAUGCUGUUCGUCCAUAUGGUAUCUUGGUCAAAAAUGAAAGCACGGCGAAGUCAAGUUUGGAAGAUGUCGAAUAA